AUGACAGUCCAAAAUGUUUCACAACUUGAGCAGGAAAAACAAAAGACAGCUAUGAAAGAAAUUAAAAUGGAUAAGUUUGAAGGAAAGAAAAAAAUUGAAGAAGAUAAUAUAGUGAAGGUCAAGAUGAGCAAUAAUAAGUCAAAGCUAGUGGAAAACUGUGAAAAAGAUCAAAUAAAACAAAAAGCUGUAGCAGCAGAAAAUUAUGAAAGUUUGAGUACAUUAACUGCCACAACAGAAAGUACAAUUGUCACAAAAAAAAUGGAACCAGAGUUAGAGAAGACUAUUGAAAAGCCAGCAAUAGCAACGGAAUUAAUAACAUUAAAAAUGAAAGAUAUCCCUAACAAUGAUAUGAAGAAGAUUAUUGAUAAGAAAAAGAAUGAAAUUAAAAGUGAUGGAAAGGAAAUCAAGAAGGAAAUGACACAAAAAUAA